UUAUAAAUUGAUUUCAAACUGAAGUCUCUUUGCUUUACAAGGAACGUGACAAUUUUUUUUAAUGGAGAUAGUUUUAUUCUUUAAAGAUGCACUCUUACUCAGAAUAAGAUUUAUAACAAUAAAUACACAUGUUUCAAUAAACAAAAAAAGGAUUAAUAAAUGUAAAAAAACAACAAUGGUUCUUAUGAAGGACACUGUGAUUAAUUUGAAAGAAACGUAUAGUUAAUACGGAUAUAAAGAGACCGACUGAAACGUCUGUUUUUGGCCAUGUGAGUUAAAGGCAACGGGACGUGUUGUUUAAAGGCAUCCGCAGUCUUCUGAGCAAUAAAACGUUCCAAUUUGUGAUCUCAUGUGGUUUUUAUUCUUCGAGAACUUGACAGGUGGAAAUGGACUUAUUGAAAGGGAACAAAUGGGUUUUUGAUCCAUUUGCAACUAGGGCGCAAUAUGCAGAAGCAAAUACAAAAAGGGUCAAAAGUGCUCCAGCGUCCAAACGUUUCGAUACUCUUACGGACAUUCUCGCAUUUAACAGUAAUUGUGAUCUUAGUUCGCCGGUGCCUAGUCCAAAAUCCACUGAUUUAAACCGAAUUAAGCCCAAAAGCGCUUCAUCAGUCGAACAAAUCGAAAAAUUGUAUUUCGUUGAUUGGAUUGAUACACGAGAUCAAAGAGCUUAUAGAUAUUGCUCGAGAAGAACCCAAACGGCCAUUUCAAAAUGCAGUGAGAAUGCUCAUGAUCAAAACAAACCUUCAAUAUAUCAAGGCAAGAUUGAAGUUUAUGCGUCCAAGCGCUGUUUUUUGAAAGGAUUGUUUAAAACAGCAUCUGUCUUUAAACACACGACCAUUUCGGACAUACAAAAGCACGGAAGUUGUGAUUGUCCAGUUGUAUUGAUCGUUUCAAGCUCUGAGCAAGAGAAGAUUGAGGACUUUUGCGCCAACAUUAGACGUGAUCAAGAAAAUAAACUGGUUUGCGCUUUAAUUGUAACCGAAAAUGGUCAUAUCGAAAAACCCGUUGUUCACAAAAGAAAGUUUGGUUUUUGUCAACAGUGUUCAGACACUGAUCAGAUAUCUUGUUGCGUUGAUGACUUGUUGGAAAGACUCAUUUUCAGGUUCUAUGAGGAUGUACUGAAAUCACAUUUUUAUUCUAUGUCAAAAGGAGAGGAGCAUUGUUUAGAACAAGCCAAGGAAAAUGAUGAAAUCCUACGGGAAGCGGUAGCCCUGCACGCCAAGUUUGAAAUACCUCUUCCGGAAUGGCUGGAGCCCCAGGCACAAUCUGUUACCGAUAUCUGCGAUAUCUGCGAUGAUAAAUAUCUUCUCAACGAAUUGGACCCUGUAUUUCGUAAGCUUGAUCAAAUGCCGUUUGUGUUCGACAUUGUUCCGGAAGCAAAACACAUUGCUGUUAAAGUUUUGAAAGCUAAAACAGAAAAGGAAACUACUCAACAAGUUGAUGCGGUAAAACGGGAAUGUAAAAUAAAGGCAGACUUAUUCAAAAUCAAGAUGAUUACUUUCAACAAAUGCACAAAGUACAAAUACGAAAGUGGUAAUGAGCUUACAGUAGAGAACAGAACUGGUACGCUGAGCGGAUUCGCUAAGAUGAAGCAGCUUGAAACGGAGAAGAUGGUUGCAAUUUUAGCUGGACACGUUGCGGAUGAUAAAAAAUCAAAACAUUUUGAUACAACCUUGAAGAUACAAAAAGAAACUGUAGGGGAAAUUCGGCCGAGAGCUACAAAUCUUGAGGGUUUUUCUGAUAUAUCUAUUGCAGAUAUAUCAAAGGAAAUAUCGCAACACUGUGACAAGAAGUUCAAAAAUGAGGAUAACGAACGCUUCAUCGCGGUUCCUUUGCAAACCGACUCCGGUGAACAAAAAAAGAGCCGUUUUGAACGAGUUCAUAUUUGGGGUGCAAAGUCUAAACCAGGAACGGCGCAAGUGAAAGAAUACGGCAUUCCACGACCAGACGCCACAGGUCUCAUUUACAUUGCAAAAGAACCACAUGCUUCUAUCGAAACUUACUGGAAAGAGGGCGAUAGUGGUGCAAUGGUGCUUUCUGAAAGAUACCGAAGAGAAAAAGAUCAACAUUUGAUUGCAAUUGGAUUAUUUAUUGGACAAAGCAUCGAAGACGAUGGCACAAAAUAUGUUGUGUUCUCAUUACAGAGUGGCUUUGAUCAUCUCUCGAAGGAUUAUGACGCACGAUUUAAACUUUACAAAGAUGAAAGUAAUGAAGAAGAAGACGAUUAACAAUUUAUUUUCAUCGUUGCUGUGUUUUAAAAAACAAGGACAGAAAUGAAAAAGAUAACCCAGUCAGCACAACGACAAUGGCCCUGUUCCAUAUGCCGUUCACAUCAUCAUGCCAUUACCGUAGGUACUUUUCCGGUACUGAUGGUAUCACUGGCUUAUUGUGCCGUCCCAAUACCAGCAAAUAUCAUCGGGUCAUUAACGAAGCCUAUUCCAAAUCCUUGCCGAUAACCAACUAGCCCGGUACUGUGGUAAUUGUUGACUCAUUGCAGUCCAAUAUUUCAACUGCCUGACUGUUUUCAGAUAAGAUUUUUCAGUAAACUUGGAACAUCUUUUGCUGCAAGUAGUAACUGUAUACGAACGGUUUCAAAGAAUGUUCGGAUUGUCUUUUUAGCAACACAGAAAAUUUUACUGAACAUAAGCUUUCUAACACAAAAGCUUUAUAGUAACUGCGCAAGAAUACUGUUAUAUAUUGUUAAUUUGCUAUUGCUGUUGAAUCUCUAUGCGAUUGUUUUUGUCAAAUAUGUUUUGAUAAUUCUGCUAUUUUCCGAGAUAAUCAGGUGUAUGAAUGCAGACGAGUGUUCUUCAUGUUGAGCAAAUGCUAUUUGCAUUUACUCUUCAUCAACUCUAUAACACAACUGUUAAUGUUCUGCAAUCCCGAUUCAAAGCAUCAGUCCCCAUCACGAUUACACUUUUAUGAUAUAUUUUUUAAAAUGAUAAGACUGCUUGUUUAUUUAUAUUUGAUACGGUGUUUGUUUCGAAAAUCAACCUUAUGAUUUCUUCAAAGUGCAUAUAACCUAUAUAACAAUCGAUGUCGGCAUACGUUUUAGAACUUCGAUUAACAUAAUUGAUCCAUUAUUUAUAGAUUCAUUUAUUUUAGGUAUUUCGUAAGCUUAAACAAAUGCCAUUUGAUAGUACACGCGGGUCACAGUCAUUUUCUAUAAAUCAUAUAUAUCUAUUCUAAAUCGUCUUUGAACGAGUCGUUAGACUUGUUUGAUAACCAAUGUAUGAUAUUUUACCAGUUUUAAUACAAGCAUAAUGCUGAAGCUUAAUUUUUGUGAAAAGCAAUUUAUUCGAAAGGCUUUUAAUCACUUUCAAAUUUUGAAAUUACUUAUACAUGUCAUUUCACCCAAUUGCUGCUUUUUGUUUACACGGUAUUGUAGAAUUGAUUUUCGAAUAGUGAUGUGAUGUGAUGUAAACUUAUUUACUAGUAUUUUUAAUACUUUUCGAAUAUCGUAUAGUUGCUCAAUGUGUUUAAAAUUUGUGAAUAGGUUCAAGUAACAAUAAAAGUGAGGUUAUUAAAUAUUAACUGUUUAACAUUUCAAUUAUUGUUGUUUAUUUCUAUUCCUUUUACUUAUAUAUUUAAGAAAUUAUUACUGUCAACUUGGGAUUUCUAAUCAUAGAAGUACUUGGGGUUUACCUGUUAGUUUAUUCUUAUUUGUUUUAUUUUAAAGUUUCCUCAAAUUAAUGCAGACUUAGUUUAGACCCAAGUGAGUUAACAUUUUACUGACCGUUUCUGUGCGGUACUUAACAAUCCUUGAUUAACAUCCCUAAUUGUUGAUAUACAAUAUAUUUACUGUGUUGUUUAAGGAGUUUUUUUACGUUGUUUCAUGUUUCUGGUUUGUUUAGUGUUUAUGUUGAUCUUGUGCCAUUUUUUACAAAUCAUGUUUAGAAAUAGAAUUAUAUGACGAUGCAUUCUUAACAAAUAAUACGUUAGCUUCCAAAUGACUAUUAUCUAAGAAGAUUAUCAAAUUUGAUAUUAACCUUCUCACUGACCACCGCUGCUCAAAAUGAUGUUGUUAAUCACCCUAAUAACUUAGCGGGAAUUCGCAAACAAGAUGUCCAGUUACACGUGAUACAGACAAUAGCAUUGAUAGGCCAACGUACUUGUUUUUUAUUCAAUGUUAUAUAUGCAAUGUAUAGUUCAUGUUGUUUUAAAUUGAUUAACAUUAUCUUGAAAAAAGACAUUUAGUAUGUUUGUCUUCAAAGAAAUGAAAUCUAACAUAUUGUCAUAUCAGGCUAUGUGAGUAAAAGAUACUCGUAUUGUUAAACGUUUUCAAUCUAAAAGAUAAACAUAUUAUUACUAAUAUUUAUGUCAGAAGUUCUUCUUCAUAACACGGAUAAAUAGUAUUUUAUAUAAGUACAUGCCCAUGC